AUGGGUGGCAGACUAUCCGUUCCGAAAGGGCCUGCGGGCACCACCGAAAUGAGCCGUCCAGCCUCACCUUAUCCUCGUCGCAAGAUGCCCUUCAACUCGCGCACAAUCAUUGCUCCCGCCGCUGCCUUCACAAUGGCCUGCCUGCUAUUCGUCUAUACCAGAACCUCCAUCCGCGCCGCCAAAGCAAACGCCCAGAGACAUCGCGACGCCGACAGUGGUGGUGAAGGUCUCGAUCUACUAGCCGAGAGCAGGAGAAGACACGGUCGGGGUGAGAAGCUAGACCAAGGUGGUAGUACCCUGUCCGAGCUGGCCCACGGUGCUAGAGAACAGUUCUUGGGCCCGUCCAAGUCAAUCACGCAUCCCGAAAAACUAAAGGGUCGCUCGCCCAUCUCAGAGAACGAGGAAAAGUUGAGAGCUGCCAUGGGCAAGAAGAGCGACGACUCCGAACCAUGA